AUGGCAUCGUCGGAAAAGCGAUGCCUGUACGAGGUGCUCGGCUUGAACCGCGACUGCACACCCGAUGAAAUUCGGUCGGCUUACAAGAAAAUGGCUCUCCAGCGCCAUCCGGAUAAGCUAGUCCAGUCCGGCGUCCCCGAAGCCGAGGCCACAGCCGCCUUUCAAGAGCUCGUCAACGCGUACGAGGUUCUCUCCGACUCGAGGGAGCGUGCGUGGUAUGACUCCCAUCGUUCAGAAAUCCUAUUUUCUUCCAACAAUUCUUCCAAAACCUCGGGUCCUGUCCCUGAUUUAUUCUCUUUCUUCUCCAACUCGGUUUACUCCGGGUAUUCAGAUUCCGGGAGGGGGUUCUAUAACGUAUACGGGGAAAUAUUUGAGAAAAUUUACGCUACUGAAUUCAAUUUUGCUAAGAAGUUGGGGUUUCCAUUGCCGAAGGAAGCUCCGGUCAUGGGCAAUUUGGAGAGUCCCUAUGCUCAGGUGACUGCAUUUUAUAACUAUUGGUUAGGGUUUGCGACAUCUAUGGACUUUUGUUGGGUAGAUCAGUAUGAUGUGAUGGCUGGACCAAACAGGAAGUUAAGAAGGGUAAUGGAGGACGAGAAUAAGAAGUUGAGGAAAAAAGCAAAGAGGGAGUACAAUGAAACAGUAAGGGGAUUGGCAGAGUUUGUGAAAAAGAGGGAUAAGAGAGUCCUCGAUAUGCAGGCCAAAAGGAAUGAGGAGAUGAAGAAAAAGAGAGAGGAGGAAAGACAGAGAAAGAAGGAGUUGGAGAGACAGAAGGCUGAGAAGGCAAGGAACUAUGAGGAGCCUGAGUGGAUGAAGGUCGAGGAGGUGGAGAGUGAAGAGAGUGAGGAUGCGGUAGAGGAGGAUGCAAAGAGAAAGGAAUUGUAUUGUGUAGCUUGUGGGAAGAAGUUCAAGAGUGAUAAGCAAUGGAAGAACCACGAGCAGUCUAAGAAGCACAAGGAGAAAGUGGCAGAAUUGAGGGAUGAAUUUGGUGAAGAAGACAGAGAAUAUGAAGAGACAGAAGGGAAUGAAAGGAAGGAUGAGGAAGAAGAGGAGGGUUAUUUUUCGGCAGAUGAUGGGGUAAAUGAUUUACAAAACCAAUUCAAGGAUAGUGUUGGAAUUCAAGGGCAGGAGAGCGAUGAGGAAAAUGCUGAAUCUAACGAGGAUGAUGGGAUAGUCGAUAUUGAUAAUGGAUGUGGAUCAAUGCGAGUCAGUGCUGUGAUGGAAUCAGAUGAUGACGAAGUGAGUCUUCUUGAAGCAAUGGUGUCGGGGCAUAAGGCUAAGAAGAAGGUAGAUGCAAGGCACCAGACCAAGGCUUCUGAAAAGAAAAUUCAGAUGGAGGUCAAUGUUGAUGAGAUGGAUUUCAUGGAGUACAACAACAUGAAGGGUUCUCGAAGGAACAAGGGAGGCAGGAGGCGGAGGGGUAGAACACAAGAAGAAGAAACAAUAAGAGCCGAUGUUACGCAGGCUAAUGGUGAGACGACCCAUGUUCCAGAAGAAGAAAAAAUAAGAGCUGAUGUUGCAGAGGAUAAUGGCGAGACUGAGGAACAGAAUGGACGAGAUGAUGACUCCCAUGUUGAGGUGUCAACAUCCCAUCCUCUACAAGAAUCUGCCGCUGAGGGCAAAGGAGAUGAUGAAUCAGAAAGGGGUCAUAAGCUUCGACAGCAAGCUGUGAAUAAUAAAAAUACAACAAAGAAGUCUGAUGCUUCCAAACCAAAGGUUUCUCCCAAAGGGAGGAAACAAAAGGUGGCAGCGAAAGCAUCUGGCAAUGUCUGUGAGAAGUGUGGGAAGGAAUUUGAAUCAAGGAAUAAACUGCACAAGCAUAUAGGAGAAACUGGUCAUGCUUCCCUAAAAUUUGGAUGA